CACCAAAACUAACUAAAUCCAUAUCUAAUUAACUACCAUUGGAAACUUCCCCCUCUUCAACAUUUUGUGGAAGCUCAGCCUCAGAAAACACACAGAAACUCACUCACUCACUCUCUGCAACACACACAGAAAACCAGAGAAGAAGAGAGAGAGAAAAAACAAUAGAGGAGAGAGAAAAGGAAAGGAGGAAAUUGCUUAAAAAAUGGCGAACAUUUUGAAUAUUUCAUCUCAGGCGGUGACGCCAUGGUCAAAUGCCACUUCAGUAUUUUCAUCAAAGUCCAAAUUCUCUCUCUCCUCUAAACUCUCUCUUCCUCAUCCUUCCAUUUCAGUUUCUGCUGUUGUUUCAACAGGGUGUCGAUUUUCAUGGAUGGAAGAGGACUUAACCAGCAAUAGAAAUACGUUUAGAAAUGGAAGAAGACUGAGCCAUGUCCAAUUAGCCCUUCCAGCGAGAUCAACUGUGGCAACUUCCUCUUUAGAAGACCUUUUCGCCUUUAUAUGUUCAGGUCCCCUUGUAGAUAAAUUAGGUCUUACCGAGGAAAAGAUUGCCGAGUCUAUUGAUAAGUGGUUACUGUGUGCCUCACAACUUUGUAGAAUAUUUCAGCUCAAUGAACUUAUACUAAAUGAUGCUCAGAAAGUCAGGCUUUACCAUUACUAUAUACCUGUCUUUUUAUGGUGUGAAGAUCAAAUCUCUCAACAUGCAUCCAAGUUCAAAGAUGGAGAAGAAGUCCCUCCUCUAGUGAUAGGAUUUAGUGCACCACAAGGUUGUGGAAAGACGACACUUGUAUUCGCUCUAGACUAUCUUUUCAAAAUAACUGGCAGGAAAUCUGCUACAAUAUCCAUUGAUGAUUUCUAUUUGACAGCUGAAGAGCAGGGUAAAUUAAGAGAAGCAAACACGGGGAAUAGACUUUUAGAGUACCGGGGAAAUGCCGGAAGCCAUGAUCUAUCGCUUUCUGUCGAAACACUUACCGCCUUGAGAAAAUUAACUAAAGAAGGUGUGAAGAUGAAGGUACCAAGAUACAAUAAAUCUGCAUAUAAUGGGAGAGGAGAUAGAGCAGAUCCUGAAAUAUGGCCAGAGGUUGAAGGACCACUAACGGCUAUCCUGUUUGAGGGAUGGAUGCUGGGUUUCAAACCCCUUCCAGAUGAAGAGGUUAAAGCUGUUGAUCCACAGCUUGAAACGGUAAAUAAAAAUCUACGAGCAUAUUAUGAUUCUUGGGACAAGUAUAUAGAGGCAUGGGUAGUAAUCAAGAUCAAAGACCCAAGCUGUGUCUAUCAAUGGAGACUUCAGGCCGAGCAGGCUAUGAGGGCAGAUGGAAAAUCAGGGAUGACAGACGAGGAGGUUAUGGACUUCGUUUCUCGUUACUUACCCGCUUACAACGCUUACCUUCCUUCACUUUACGCAGAAGGACCAAGUGGAUCAGAUCCAAAUCAUACCCUUGUCGUUGAAAUCGAUGAAGGGAGGAACCCUAUUCUUCCUGUUAGAUGAUAGGUGUUUGUUAGUAGAGGUUGGUUUGUUCAUACUUCAUCUAGUUUUCCUACUUCCUAAUAUCUUGUGAUAAUGUACAUUAAAACUUCAAAUGAAAUUGCACAUUCUUUCCCAA